CCCGGGCGCGCCCUUCCGGGCGGAGCUGGUCUGUCUGAACCCCAGCAGCUCCUAAGGCCACAACCUCCCCCCCCUCCCAGGCCACCCAGCGGGAGAUCCCAGGGGAGGAGCAGCUCCGAACCCGCGCGCCCUCAGCGCCCUCCAAGGUACAUUGCACAUUCACCUGAGAUUUAGCUAGCUGACACUGGAUGUCACCAUUGUGCUAUGGAAUGUGGAUGCAGAACAGGGAAGCCAGCCUUAAUGUGAUGGAAACACCCUUGAACUUGGUAUCUAGAAAACAGAAGUUUGAGUUUGCACUCUGUUAGUUUUACUGUGAUCUCAGCCAGAAUUCACCAUGACAACAGUAACAGUGACCACAGAGGUUCCCUCAAGGGGUAAGAGAGAAGACAAUCCUGCCUCGUAUGAGUCCACCUCUGCUCACAUUAUUGAAGAAACCGAAUAUGUAAAAAUGAUUCGAGCUACUCUGGAAAAGAUCCGUAAUCAAAUGUUUAAAGAUGAAACUGGACAUAGCGAUACAAAGCACAAACUAGACGCAAAGUGCUGUCGAAACACUCAGAAUGCCUCUGUCUCUGAAACGCACCCCUCAUGCUGCAGUCUGGAUCUGCUCAUGGAAAGGAUGAAGGGCAAAGAUUUACAGCUCUUAAAAAUGAACAAAGAGAAUGAAGUAUUGAAAAUCAAGUUGGAAGCCUCCAGGGAAGCAGGCGCAGCGGCUCUGAGAAAUGUGGCCCAGAGAUUAUUUGAAAUCUACCAAACACAGUCUGAGGAAGUUAGAAAGCAGCAUGAGGACAGUACACAGUUCCUCCAGGUUAACAAACUUGAAAAAGAACAAGAAUUGAAACAACAGGUUGAACAUCUGAAUCAAGUUGCUGAUAAACUUGAAGAAAAGCAUAAUCAAAUUACGACAUUGGAGAGCCUUGUACAGAGAAUGGAAAAGGAAAAAAGAACACUGCUAGAAAGAAAACUAACUUUGGAAAACAAACUGCUGCAACUCAAAUCCAACACUACACAUGCUAAAAGUGCCCAGGGUCUUCAGAAGGAGAUCUCCCUUCUCCAGGAGCAGAUCUCUCACCUGCAGUUCGUGAUCCACUCCCAACACCAGAGCCUGCGCAGAGUCAUCCAGGAGAUGGAAGGCUUAAAAAUUAAUUUAAAAGAACAAGAUAAAAGAAUUGAAAAUUUGAAAGACAAAGUUAAUGUACUUGAAGCCCAGAAUAAAGAACUAAAAACCAAGGUGGCCCUUUGGUCUGAAACUCCUAGGACAAUGGUAUCUAAGGCUGUGGCUACAAGUGACUUGAAGACUGAAGACUCUACCCCUUACUUGAUGUUGGUUAGGCUACGGAAAUGAGCUGGCUGGCUGAACAUCUGAAUGAGAAGGAUCAUUCCAUGGGUCUUACUUAGUCUUUGAAACAGACUCUAAACGUGCAUGUUAGAAUGGCCCAAUGCCAGUAUUUAAUGGAAUCCAUUAUACAUCAAUAGCUUUGCAGCAAGAUGACAUUCCAGAAAAUCAAGCAAACAUAUAUUAGAGGGAAAGAUCUCCUUCUUCAAAACUUACUUAAUGGGUGAAAAAACCAGGAGCUUUCUCAUGAUGGAAGAUAAAAUUCUGCUUUCAAGUUUUUAAAAACCUAUCUUUUCUUGCAUAUUUUUUACUGAAGAGAAUGGUUUAAGGUUGUCAACUUGAACCUUUGAUAGUGGUUUUUAUUUAUGUAAAUAGAAAAAAGUGUGUAUAUGUGUAUGAAUAAAUGUUAUAUUUUAAAGUUGA